AGAGUUGUACUGGUACCGGCACAUGUGCAGUGUAAUAGAAGAAGCAGGGAAACCAUUUUUGGUAUGGGAACAGUAGUCAGCGUGUGUCAGCAGAAGUGAUGUCGGCAGAAGUGAUGUCACUUUUUGUUAUGCACUGACUCCCUGUUCUCCCACAACUUAUCUGCCUUACAGGCCUUAGUGCUGCUGGUCUGGAACACUGUGUUUGGCUGACAUGACAGUUACUGUAGAAAAAGUGUCUCUUUGUUUUGGAACUUGUAAACCAGAAAACAUCUAAUUUUGCAAUAUCAACAUUGAUAUAUGCUGUAAAAAAAACUUCACCCCCCCCCUCCAAUUAGAUAUUCACAGUUACAAGACUAAAAAUGGUGAUGAAUACCUAGCGAUCCCGACCCGAAAUGAUUACAAAUGGACUGUUUUAGAGCACAGUGAGGGAUAAAUGGACUGAAAUCAACGUCACAAGGCAAUCAGGAUUUCUCAGAAUAAUUCACUUGUAAGCACUUCCUCUUCCUACUCUGUGCCUGAAACAAAGUUCGAGGUAGGCGUGACUGGAAUCUGUUUACACUCACACUAGAAGCCAAACAGACUCGUGACAGACACCGGCUUCUCAAUGUAGCGACUAAAUGGACAUAUCUGGUUCCUGAAGUGGAGUUCCUGCUUUGGCAGCAGUUUUCUUUUUCCCCUGGGCCAGUCUGUGUGAGGUGGGAAUGGCUGAGGAGGAGCUGCUGGGCAGCGAGGAACACACAGAGAACAAGGAUGAGGACCUAACACACAAUGGGGACAUAAUAGUGUCGAAUGGGGAUAGGUGCCGGCUGAGGACCUACAAGCGAAGAUGGUUAGUCCUGGGAGCAAUCUGCCUGCUGAGCUGUACCAAUGCCAUGGUGAGUGGAGGCAAAUACUCUGGAUCAGUUUUGCCCCUGUGGCUGACGUGACAGCAAGUUUCUUCAAGUGCAGCCUGGAUGUUGUCAACUAUCUGUCUCUUGUCUACCUCAUUAUUGCGAUACCAGUUGGUUUUGGAGCGUCGUGGCUGAUAGAUACCCUUGGUCUAAAAUGUGCUAUAAUAUUUAGCUCUUGGCUAAACAUGAUUGGGAGCAUCAUACGUUGUGCUGCUGUUGUACCUUACCUCAAUCCCUCUGGCACACACACUGGGAUCUAUUACCUUUUUACUGGGCAAAGUCUUUGUGCAAUAGCCCAGCCACUUGUGUUAUUUGUACCUGCUAAGCUUGCAGCUGUAUGGUUCCCUGAUCAUCAACGUGCAACAGCUAAUAUGAUUGCUUCUAUGGCCAAUCCUUUGGGUGUGCUUCUAGCUAAUGUUAUUUCCCCAAUCGUUGUAACCAAAGAGGAGUAUAUUACACACAUGCUUGGAAUCUAUGCUGUUCCUGCUGUAGCUGCCUGCGUUCUUGCAACUGCUGGGAUUCGUGAGAAAUCUCCUCCAACUCCACCGUCAGCAAGUGCUUUUAACACAACCUCUGAGCCCUUUAUAUCUGGUAUAAAACAGCUCGUGACAAAUAAAGCUUACAUCAUCCUAAUGUUGUGCUUCGGAGCAGGAAUUGGGAUUUUCACUGCAAUUUCUUCUUUUCUGGAGCAGAUUCUGUGCUUCAGGGGCUAUUCAAAUCUUUUUGCAGGUGUGUGUGGAGCCCUGCUUAUUUUCUUUGGGUUCAUUGGUGCAUUAGUUUGUGGACUUUAUGUUGACAGGACGAAAAAAUUCAAAGAAGUUGUCAAGAUCUGCUUUGCCUUAACUGCUCUGACAAGCAUUGCAUUUGCACUGGUGAUUAACUUCCGGGACCAAACCAUAUUGGUGGCGUGUGCAUGCUCUUUGUUGGGAUUGUUUGGGUUUGCCAUCUCUCCAAUUGCCAUGGAAUUAGCUGUGGAAUGUUCCUACCCAGUCGGAGAAGGAAGCUCAACAGGCUUGGCAUUCAUCUCUGGCCAAAUUCAGGGUAUAAUCUACAUGAUACUCUUUCAAAAACUCACCCGGCCGUUCGCUCCUUCUGAACCUUCUCCGUGCGGAAUACAUCAGACUGAAAUAUAUGACUGGUCAAUUUCCAUGUUAGUGAUGGCCGCUUUGUGCACCUUUGGCUCCUGCAUCUUUAUCAUCUUCUUUCAUACGGAUUACAAGCGGCUCCGGGCAGAAAGGAAUUUAAACAUAUUAAAAGAAGAAUUGGAUGGAAGUGCAACAUAAUAUGCCAAAGUCAUGCUAAUAUAAUACACACUGGGUGCCUUACAACUUGAAGACUGAUUAAUAGCAUGUUUGUGCAACACAACUAUUCCCUCAGAAAUGAAAAACCCAAAAUAGCCAUUCCUGUUGCUCUCGGAGUUACAUUGAAGGCAGCUACACUAUGUUACAUAAUAGUCUGUUAGCAAGUAUUUUUAUUAAAUGUCCUAAAAAAUGUAAUGUUUUUACUUUGCCUAAAGCAAGAUUAUAUAAUUUAUUUUCAAUUACAGAUUUUCACUGACAACAGUUAUUUGUAAAUGAAAUUGCAACUGAAUGCAGCCUCUAUGUGCUGUUUGCGAAUCUCAGACUCUGUAAUCUCAGACUACAGAAACAAUGGCCAGAGUCAGUCCCAUGAGAAAAGCUUCUCUCAGUUGAUAUCUCAUGAAAAGCCAAUAGGCUAGGGGGAAAGUUGGAAUAGAAUUAUGGGAUGAGUUUUCACAUAGAACGAAAUCAAGUCCUGUGUAUCAGAAUUAGAGAACGUUGGCUGGAGGAAAGCUACGGUUUUGGGAAAAGAUAAUUGUAAGACAGACACACAUGGUUUUCAAUUGCAAUUAAAUCUUUUAAAAUCAUUAAAACCUUUUAAUAAAUGAUGAAAAGUU